GCGAUUUUUCUCGUACAUCGACCCCUACGGCAGACGGGUGAGCCCAAAUACAUUACAGUGGGACCCUUCUGACCCUGAUUAAGGAUACCUACGGGUAGUGUAGCAGCAUCGUAGUGAUACAAAAUAUACAGAUUGGCUGAAAAGACAUAUAAUAUACAAUAUACUUUCUGAAGCUAACCAUACUAUUAUAACAGAGUACCAUAGAUAAAUUCCAUCUAUCAUGUCAGUAUAACAAAAGAAAUAUGACAAGUCUGACAGAUAAACAGAAAAUACCUUGACAUAUGACUACUACAAAUCCUAGGUUAAAAUACUAUGCAUAUAAGUAUCGUAUUAGUUUAACAGUUCAUUCUAUUAAGGAUGUAAACAAAACAGCUGAUUGGGGUCACGUGACUUACUACUUAACGGCGAGCGGGUUUUAUGCACAAAUAACAAUUACAUUCACACGUGGGCCCUCGCGUUGGGCCUAAGCUCCACCACAGAGUCAUGCCUGUGGUUUAGCACAGCAUUUCCUGUUUGUCGUCCGGGGGCCCACCUCACUGGAAGGGGAGCCAAUUAGGGACCUACCUCGACCGGAGUGGGAGCCAGGGAGCCACUGCCGAGGAUUGUCUACAAUAUAAAGUCAGUUUUGUUUUUAUAGAUAUAGGCUUAUACACAUCAUCAAACAAUAAGACACAAUGAAUUAUGAAAUAAUCGAGGAGGUAAGAAAAUGUCGGAGAGUUGUAGAGACUUUGAUGAAAGAAGAAAUAAUAUCUUGUGACGCAGAAGGUAUCAAUUUAGGUAAAGAUGGACCAUUAACACUUCUACAAAUAGCUACAACUGACGGCCAUGUAUAUUUAUUUGAUAUUCAUAAAGACAAACGCAUGUUCCAAGAUGGUGGACUAAAACAACUUUUAGAGAGUAAUCAUGUUCUCAAGGUUUUCCAUGCAUGCUCUGGGGACAGCGAAGCAUUGAAACAUCAGUUUGGUGUUUCUUUGAGAAACGUGUUUGAUACUCAGGUGGCUCACAUGGUUAUUCUUGAACGACAAGGUCGUUUAAUUGCACCAAGGUUAAAAUUAUCAGAGAUCUGUGAAAUCUACGGUAUGAACAAAAUGGAAGCAAAGACUGAUAUGCUGAAAAAAUGGAAUAAAACUGAGCCCGAUUAUUGGGAACGUAGACCACUUACAACGGAAAUGAUUGAGUACGCAUGUGAGGACGUUACAAUAUUGGUACCAGAAAUCUAUGAAAACCAAUUAAGAAAAUUAAAGUCGGUGGACGCCAUGGAACUAUUCAGAAAAAGGGUUGAAGAAACGAUUAAUUAUAAACUGGACCCAGAACUGAAAAAGAGGCGUAGUGAGAGAAUGGACAAUGCCGCUAAAACAGUCUUGCGAGACAUGGGUAGAAAAUAUAGGUCGUCUGCUUCAUAUGAGACUUUAACCGACGAAGAUGAAAAAGCUGCCAUUGAUAGAAACUGGUCCAAUGAAGAGAUUGAGUUAUGUAUGACUCAUGUCGUACAAAAUAUGUACUACGAGGCCUUUCUCAAAGUUCUCAGAGAACUGAAAAAGGAAAUGGAUCAAGAUGGCGACGACUUCAAUCCUGUCUAUAAUUACUACUAUGCACUUUGUAAAGGCAAAACAUACUCGAGACCAAACAUUAAGGAAUUAGCAACGGAUCUCGAUAAUAGAUUUCGUCAAAUCAUAUCUAAUGACAUCGUUAACAAAUACAACAGAGAAACACCCCUAUAUUUUCUAAGAGACCAAGAAAGGGCCGUUAUAAAGGAUAUUCGUAUCAAGAGCGCCAGGGACAAAUCAAAAUACCAUUCGCUAUUGGUCCAUUUUUAUUAUAAAUUAAUUGAAGAAGAUUUCAAAGAGUUUGAGGAAAGACUCGCAAAAAACCCCUCUAAGGUAACCGUUACUAAAGGUUUUUAUACCUUUUUAGGUUAUCAAACCAAGGAAUCUUACAUCCCGGCGAACGUUCGACAAGCCGCUACGCGAUUAAAGCAAGCUAUUGAUAGAGCAGGAAAAAACCCCUUCCCCCCAAGGCCGCGACGCCCACCUCGUAGUUAUGACGAUUAUGAUUACUAUGACGGUUACUAAUUCGAUUGCUAUGACUAGGACCAUGGACCGUAUACUAUAUCUAGUAAUAAGACACAACAAACCACUACUACUACUACUACUACUACUACUGGUUUCUGAAUUGUUGUUAUUGCUUGUCUAUAUAUAAUUGCUCUACACACUUGUUACUGUACUUGCUUGAAAACGUUGAGAGAAUACUCUUCGAAACGUCGCCCAAAUAAAUCAGUAAUUGUUCUUACAUAAGUAUGUGUUAUAGUUUAUUGCUCUAUCCAGUUACUAAAUGCCUCUAAAAGAUUACUACUACUACUGUAAUACUAUAGCCAGUCUUCAUUAGCCCAGUAUUAGGAGCAGAAUUGUAGGACGUUAAACCCCAUUUCAUUUCAUUUUGUAAUACUAUAGGGGCUGUUUUUGUUCUAUGAAUGGUGCUCUGUUUAAUAUAUUGAUUAAGUGGUUAAACAAAUGGGUGACAACGCGAAAUCAGCUACAUGUAAGUAGGUAUUUUGCAAGAUUCAACUUUCUUAGACUAACUCACAGACAGUCCCUGCCAUCAUCAAUUGCUGAAAGUAGGGUACUAUCGUCCAGUCAUCUCGUGCACAGAUUAGUCCAAUUAAAUAGAAUAAUGUUGACGUAAAACAGUGCCCAUACGAAACACUUACCCAAAAAUGGUAAGUGCUCCGCCCUAAUAGCUGAUACAUCUAUAUGUUCUAUAUAAGAAAGAGCGAGGUUAAAUUUGCUUUCAGACAUCAUAGAGCGGUCCGAGAGGGGAACAUCAUUGCCUCGUCGGCUUUGAGGCCAGGGAUACCGACAUCAUCCGGCGUUCCUAGGACGUACUCUCGGCCUCUGGUUCGAGGCCGGAAUAGAGACAAUAUGUAGUGUUUCAGCCGUUGGGUCAGAGUUAUAAAGGAUAUUAAACUCAAACUCCUAAAGUAUCUAUAAUAGAUGUUGUAGUUGUAUUUGAUAAAUAAACAUAGUUAUAAAAACA